AUGGGGAGGGAACCCAUUGGGAUAUCAAGGAGGAUGAGCUACAAAGAGUAUGGGCUACAAUCGCUGAGAGGAUACUCUUCUUCAAGGUCAAAAGCUGCCCAAAUGCUGAGAUAUGUCCACAAGGCUCUCGCCAACACCUUCUUUGCAAGGAAAGCCACUGGGACAAUAAAUGAAGGAGAGGUGAAGCUCCUUGACAUGGGAAUCAAGCCCAUCAUCUCACGCACCAAGGAUGGGAAGAAAAUCAGAGGAGAUAGAAUCCAUGCAGGGAAUCUCAUGCCUCUCAUUGACCAGCUACUCUCCUACAAGACAACCGCCUAUAGCACUCGGUUUCAAACGGGAAGGAAGCUUAGUGUUGGAGGAGUCAUCACGCCAAUCCUCUGUGCAGCUGGAGUCCAUUUGGACAAGAGAAGGUCUACUCCAGCAGGAUGGAUGGACAUUAAGUUUUGCAAGACCAACCUCCUCAUUGAACACAAGGAGUUGGAUGGGAGGUUCCAAUUCAAGUUCACUCAUCCAUUGGCUGGCCCUUCCAAGCUUCUUCUGCCCAACCCUGAGCUCACCACGGCUAAGUUUGGGGGUGCCAACUCGAGCUCGAUCGAGUUGGGUGUAAAAACCAGAAAAGUGGUCUUUUGGAGCAUUCUGGAGCAUAUGGGACGUGAGGAGCAUGGAGGGACUUGGCAUGGACGCAGCUCAACUGGAUACGCAAAGGAAGAAGGAGAAGCCAUCUUGAAGACCAGCUCGACCAUCUACUCGACCAACCGGUCGAGUUCCUCAACUCGACCGGCCAAGCUUCAACUCGAUCGAGCUGAGAAGUCAAAGUCAAACCCGAAAAAUGUUGCUUCCCCCUUGACUUUCCUUUGA